AAAGAGCAAACUGACCAUUAUCAUUUACCCAGGGCCACCUGCUUACAGUACAUACCACACAGGAAUGGCGUACAUUUCAUGACCAUCUCACCUGAAGGUACCUGUUGUAUCAUAUCUCACGCUGUAGGAGGGACGCAAUCUACACCUGCUCAUCUUAUCUCCCCUACCAACUCAAGAAAUGGGCCAGACUAUCUGCGUUAUGACCCCAGUGGCUGUGCUUCUUGGUCCUGUGUCUGGCCAACAGGAGUGUGGCAGUUGCUACAUGCUAGACACAGGCACCUUGGUGGGCAUCAUCAUAGGUGAUAUCAUUCUCACUCUUCUCAUCGCACUCUCAGUCUUCUGCUUUGCCUCUCGUCUGAAAAAGCAGAAUGGCCUGGAGGCCCUGGAGGGUAAAGGGAAAAUGCAAGCCUCAUCUAAGAAGACAAAGGCUGAGGACUUUGAAGAAUCUCCAUAUCAGGAGUUGCAGGGAGUACAGAACGAUGUGUACAGUGACCUAAGAAAGUCCCGGAAAUAAGCCCACUCAAAACGGACUUUUUUGUGGUCAGUGUUUUACCCAAUCUUUCAUAGUCGUUUGUCAGGUUAUUCUGUCAUGUCAAUCUCUCUAGCUAGAGAAACCUCUUUGUAACAAUCAGGAAAGGUACUUGCAUGUAGCAGUGGACAGCAGGUGGGCUAAGAAAUGUGAUUUGUUCUCAGACUAUGUAUAUAGAAUUGUAAAUAAUAAGCUUUCUUUGCCUAAUUUUCCCCAAGGGCAAUAAUACAAACACACACACAUACACACAGGUUUAUAGUUAUACCAUUGGGGGGACUCUCCAUUCAUUUAUAUGGUGAAAACUCUAAUGCCAACAUAACGACCUUAACACCUUUCCAUUAACAUGGUGUUUCGCACAACUUCUACUGACUGGAUGUUUAUUUAUUGCAUCAAUCUCUGCCAAAUGUGGACACUGUAGUGUGUGAACAUCUCAGGAAGUGGCUGUUUUUGAGAUGCUGUAUUCACUGUAUGGAGGGGUCUAUUCCUGCUAAUAAAGUGGCCACUUGGGGUAUUGUUGUAUAUGCACAAAAAUAUAUACACAUACACUCAUGCAUAUAAUAUGUUUUAUAUUUCUGUGUUGUUUUUUAUGUACUGUAUAUAGUAAUGCUUAAAAGUUAGUGAACCCUUCAGAAUUUUCCAUAGUCUGGCAUAAAUAUGACUUAAAAUAUAAUCCAGUCCUCAAAACUAGGCGAAGAGAACACAAUUGAACAAAUGAGACAAAAAUAUCAUAUUUGGUAAUUUAUCUAUUGUGAGAAAUUAUUAAAUGUCAUAAAUCUGUGAGUGGCAAGAGUAUGUGAACCUAGCAGGUCAUUUGAAGGAGAUCAGAGUCAGGUGCUGUUAAUCAAUGUGAUGACAAGCAGGUGUGAAUGGGCACCCUGUUUAUAUUAAAAGGAAAGAGUUCAGAGGGCUUCAUCUUCACACAUGUUUGUGCAGUAUCAGUGUAUCAUUCCAUGAACAAAGGACAUUUCAGAGGGUCUCAGAAAAAGAAUUGUCGGUGCUCAUCAUGCUGGGAAAGGUUACAAAACCAUCUCCACCAAGAGUUUGGACUGCACCAAUCCACAGUCAGACAGAUUGUGUGUAAAUAUAGAAAGUUUAAGACUAUUGUUACUCUCCCCAGGAGUGGUCCACCAACAAAUAUCACCUUAAGAGCAAGGCGCAUGAUUGUAAUGGUGGUGGUAGUAUCAUGCUUUGGCCCUGUUUUGCUGCUUCUGGGCCAAGAUAGCUUACCAUUGUGGACAGGACAAUGAAUUCUGAAUUCAACCAGCAAAUUCUAAAGGAAAACAUCAUGACAUCUGUCCGUGGACUACAUCUCAAGAGCAACUGGGUCAUGCAGCAAGACAAUGACCCGAAGCACACACGUAGUUCUACCAAAGACUGGUUGAAGAAGAAUACAAUAAAGGUUUUGGAAUGACCAAGUCAAAGUCCUGAACUUAACCCAAUAAAAAUGUUGUGGAAGGACCUGAAGAGUGCAGUACAUUUGAGUAAACCCAGCAAAAUCCCUGAGUUGAGGCAAUUCUGUAUGGAGGAAUGGGCUAAACUUCCUCCAAGCCGAUAUGCAGGACUGAUCAAGACCUACUGGAAAUAUUUCCUUACAGUUAUUGCAGUAAAAGGAGGUCACACCCAAUAUUAAAAGCAAACGUUCACAUACCUUUGCCACUCACAGAUUUGCGACACUGGAUCAUUUUCAUCAGUGAAAAAAUGACCAAGUAUGAUGAUAUUUUGUCUGUGUUCUCACUAGGAUUUCAGUGACAAUAUGAUGAUGUCUUAAGUCAUAUUUAUGCAGGAAUUAGGAAAAUUCUGAAAUUUUCACUAUCAAGCACCACUGUAUAUGGAUGAAUGGAUGGAUGGGGGGCUAGAUGGAAUACAGCUGUUUAUAAAUUUGCUGGAAUGCAUUAAAUUUUACAUCCUAGUAUUAGUAGCGGGUAGUUUGGAUAUUAUGUGACCAGUUAUUAAGAGACAUGAGUGUUUUGUAAUUUAAUAAAAUGUUAUUCUAUUUCAGGAUAUUAUGCAGAUUAUAAUUGUACUUGUACAGUGACAAUAAAGAUAUUUUGUAGAUUAUAAUUUAUACAAUUGUUUAGUGGAUAAUUGGAAUUUAUGGAAUUAAACAAUAAAAACUUUUUAUAAAUGA